CAACGACGUGUCAUUACUGUGAGAGAAGCUGCAAGGGCACAGGGGUAUCCAGACAGAUAUAUAUUCAUGCCUACACCUGAAAACAGCCUGAAGGAUGUUGAUCAUUAUGUUCGGCAAAUUGGCAAUGCUGUCCCAAUUCCACUGGGUUUAGCACUGGGGAAAUGUGUUGGUAAAAUGCUGCUACAGAACUGGGUACAAGCUUCAGAAUAG